AUGGCCAACCGAAAUAGUCACAAAGAAUCAGCAUCAGAGUCCGAAUCCAACACUAACACCCAUACAAGACAUACCACUGGAUCAUCAUCGAAUUCAAAGAUAUCACAAAAGGCAAGGAACCAAUUAGCACUUCAACAACAACAGCAGUAUUUGGCCAAACACAUAAAUUCAAACGGACCCCAAGAUAAACCUAAGCUACAACCAUUAGAUUUUACUACAUACAGUGACACUGCUUUGUUGAAAUAUUCAGAACGUUACGGAUUUCACAAUUUCUCUCGAAUUGAAUCUUUGAAUUCCGACAUUUUAAACAGUGAGAUUGGGAAGAAAACAUAUAGUAAACGAAGUAACAAAAAUCAAAAAGAUACAGGUAGGAUCAGUAAAUUGGAAAUUGCUAAUCAUGUCAAAAAUCAUUUUUCCAGUUUACCUGCUAAAGAGAAUGAUAUCAUAACUGGAUUCUUGUACAAGGUCAAGCACCAAGACAAAGAGUUUAAAUUAACGUUUCAAUAA